AUGGUUAAUCAAAGACCGGCCGUCGAAUUGGAUCCAAUUUUAGCGGAAUUAGGCGCGUUCGGCAGAUAUAAUAUAGUGAACUAUGCUUUUUUACUCUUUCCUGUGUAUUUAGCCGGCAUAUACGGAUCAAUUUACGUGUUCGAGGCUCCUGACAUCAACUACAGAUGUCAUAUCAGCGAAUGUAACCACAUAGAGAAUACAAGUUCAUGGUUAACUAAUGUUAUACCAUUAGUAAAAGACGAACUAUCCAAAUGCACAAGAUAUCCGUUAAGGAAAAAUAUAACAGUAGACAAUGUCACGUGUAGCUCCGAGCAGUUCGAUACGUCAAAAGAAGAAAAAUGUCUAUCCUUUGAUUACCUGGAAGAUUACUCAAUCGUCUAUGAUUUUGACUUGGGCUGUCAAAAUUGGAAAAGAACACUGGUCGGCACGAUUCACAAUGCUGGACUGUUUGUAUCAUUACCUCUGACAGGCGUGUUGUCGGAUAAAUUUGGAAGGAAAACUGCCCUCGCUGUGGCAUCUUUAAUGAACGGUGUCUUCGGACUGAUAAGAUCUUUUGCUGUAAACUACGAGAUGCUGUUGGUCUUCGAAUUCUUGGAAACAGCACUUGGAGCAGGAGCUUAUAGUACAGCGUUCGUUUUAGCUAUAGAGCUGGUGGGACCUAAAGGCAGAGUAUUUGGAAAUACUAUUAUAAACGUAGUUUACGUUUUUGGUCUUAUGUCUCUCUCUGCCUUAUCUUGGCAACUUCAGAAUUGGAGAAGUCUUCUGCAGAUCGUUUACACACCAGCUUUGUUAGUUUUCUCGUACCUCUGGAUUUUAAAUGAGAGUGUGAGAUGGCUUCUUAGUAAAGGAAGAUCAGACGACGCUGUAAAAAUACUCAGGGGAGCAGCUAAAAUGAAUAGAGUUGAGCUACCAGAAGAAUUAUUGGCACCUCUAAUGGAAGUCCAAAAAGUUCCUCUCGUUGAUAAAGAAGAGCCAGAGGUAGAAGCGAAACCUGAUUCAACAUUAGCAGAUGCCAUUAAAUCUAAAAUUAUAUUGAAACGUGUGGUUGUGUGUUCGUUCUUAUGGAUUACUUGUACAUUUGUUUACUAUGGACUUUCUAUUAAUUCGGUAUCGUUAGCUGGUAAUAAGUAUGUGAACUUUAUGCUAGUGGGUUUUGUGGAGAUACCUGCAAAUUUUGUAUGUUUACUGGUAUUAGACAAGUAUGGAAGAAAAAGGACAUUAAUCAUCACCUACGUUUUGAGUGCGUGUCUUUGUAUGAGUCUCUCAUUCCUGCCAAAAGAUCAAAAAUGGUGUUCCCUAGUAAUCUACCUCUCUGGGAAGUUUUCUAUCACAGUCGCCUACAGCUCAGUGUACAUCUAUGUGUCCGAAGUCUUCCCGACCAGCGUUAGACAGUCUUUGUUAGCUGUAUGUUCUUCACUAGGCAGGGUUGGCUCGACAUUAGCACCAUUGACGCCAUUGUUGGCCCUGUACUACGACAACCUACCCGCCAUAUUCUUCGGGAGCUUGGCUUUGAUCGCUAGCGUGUUAGUAUUUACUCUACCAGAGACUAUCAACAUGCCUUUACCUGAUACUAUAGAAGAUGCAGAAAGGUUGUCUAGAAGAAAAGCCGAGGAAGAAGACGCAUAA